AUGGCCUUCCGGCCCGUCCCAUGUCGCCCUUUAAAUCCAUUUUGUGCUCCGCCUCCAAUUGUAACCCCACCACCUCCGCCACCAAGUCGGAGUCCCCCGCCUCCCCCUCCGAUUGUGACCCCACCACCUCCGCCACCACGUCGGAGACCCCCGCCUCCCGCGCCAAUUGUAACCCCACCACCUCCUCCACCUCGCCGAAGCCCCCCUCCGCCGUCACCUGCAGCUGUAGCCCCACCACCCCCACCGUCGAGGCAGCCACCACCGCCACCUCCUAAACUGCCACCGACGCCUAUCCGCCCGCCACCCACCCCAGUUGCACCACUUGCUCCGCCUCCGCCGAGCCCAAGCAACAGCGUCGUCAUCGUGGUGGUCGUCUCCCUCGGCGGCCUCUUCUUCCUCGCGUUCCUUGCGGCCGCCAUACUCUGUUUCCUGAAGAAGAAGAAGCAGAAGAUGAGGGCGAGAGAAGCGUUGGUGGAGUUGGAGGAUCACGUGCACGUGCAUGAGACGGUGGUUCCGGGGCCGCAUGGGCAGCAUCUGGCGGCUGUCAUCGUCGACGAGGACGUCGUAGUCCGCGAGAGGUUGAAGAAGGGGGAGGCGACCGCGGUUGCUAAAGCUUGGCUCGGUGGCUCCGUGGACCCGACUGCGGGCUCCACUGCCGGAACCAGUCGCCCCGGCCCGGCUGGUUAA